GGUAUAUAAAUACUGCUUAGGUGCUACGCUGAGCAUUCAGUUUAGUCUGAAGACCGGAGAAAACCUUUUCCCAGCACGCAGCAGGCUUUAAAUAAAGUCAAUCAUGCAGAUCUUUGUGAAAACCCUGACUGGCAAGACCAUUACCCUGGAGGUAGAGCCAAGUGACACUAUUGAGAAUGUCAAAGCAAAGAUCCAAGACAAAGAAGGCAUUCCUCCAGACCAGCAGAGGUUGAUCUUUGCCGGCAAGCAGCUGGAAGAUGGGCGCACCCUCUGUGAUUACAAUAUCCAGAAGGAAUCCACCCUUCAUCUUGUGCUUCGUCUGAGGGGUGGUAUGCAGAUCUUUGUAAAAACCCUGACUGGCAAGACCAUUACCCUGGAGGUAGAGCCAAGUGACACCAUAGAAAACGUGAAAUCAAAGAUUCAAGACAAAGAAGGCAUUCCUCCAGACCAACAGAGGUUGAUCUUUGCCGGCAAGCAGCUGGAAGAUGGCCGCACGCUUUGUGACUACAAUAUCCAGAAGGAAUCCACCUUGCAUCUUGUGCUUCGUCUGAGGGGUGGCAUGCAGAUCUUUGUAAAAACUUUGACUGGCAAGACCAUUACCCUGGAGGUAGAGUCAAGUGACACCAUAGAAAAUGUGAAAUCAAAGAUUCAAGACAAAGAAGGCAUUCCUCCAGACCAACAAAGGUUGAUCUUUGCCGGCAAGCAGCUGGAAGAUGGUCGCACCCUUUGUGACUACAAUAUCCAGAAAGAGUCUACCCUGCAUCUUGUGCUUCGUCUGAGGGGUGGCAUGCAGAUCUUUGUAAAAACCUUGACCGGCAAGACCAUUACCCUGGAGGUAGAGCCAAGCGACACUAUUGAGAAUGUCAAAGCAAAGAUCCAAGACAAAGAAGGCAUUCCUCCAGACCAGCAGAGGUUGAUCUUUGCUGGCAAGCAGCUGGAAGAUGGGCGCACCCUCUGUGAUUACAAUAUCCAGAAGGAAUCCACCUUGCAUCUUGUGCUUCGUCUGAGGGGUGGCAUGCAGAUCUUUGUAAAAACCUUGACCGGCAAGACCAUUACCCUGGAGGUAGAGCCAAGUGACACCAUAGAAAACGUGAAAUCAAAGAUUCAAGACAAAGAAGGUAUUCCUCCAGACCAACAAAGGUUGAUCUUUGCUGGCAAGCAGCUGGAAGAUGGCCGCACCCUUUGUGACUACAAUAUCCAGAAAGAGUCUACCCUGCAUCUUGUACUUCGUCUGAGGGGUGGCAUGCAGAUCUUUGUAAAAACCUUGACCGGCAAGACAAUUACCCUGGAGGUAGAGCCAAGUGACACCAUAGAAAACGUGAAAUCAAAGAUUCAAGACAAAGAAGGUAUUCCUCCAGACCAACAAAGGUUGAUCUUUGCUGGCAAGCAGCUGGAAGAUGGCCGCACCCUUUGUGACUACAAUAUCCAGAAAGAGUCUACCCUGCAUCUUGUACUUCGUCUGAGGGGUGGCAUGCAGAUCUUUGUAAAAACCUUGACCGGCAAGACAAUUACCCUGGAGGUAGAGCCAAGUGACACUAUUGAGAAUGUCAAAGCAAAGAUCCAAGACAAAGAAGGCAUUCCUCCAGACCAGCAGAGGUUGAUCUUUGCCGGCAAGCAGCUAGAAGAUGGUCGCACCCUUUGUGACUACAAUAUCCAGAAAGAGUCUACCCUGCAUCUUGUACUUCGUCUGAGGGGUGGCAUGCAGAUCUUUGUAAAAACCUUGACCGGCAAGACAAUUACCCUGGAGGUAGAGCCAAGUGACACUAUUGAGAAUGUCAAAGCAAAGAUCCAAGACAAAGAAGGCAUUCCUCCAGACCAGCAGAGGUUGAUCUUUGCCGGCAAGCAGCUGGAAGAUGGGCGCACCCUCUGUGAUUACAAUAUCCAGAAAGAGUCUACACUGCAUCUUGUGCUUCGUCUGAGGGGUGGCAUGCAGAUCUUCGUAAAAACUUUGACUGGCAAGACCAUUACCCUAGAGGUAGAGCCAAGUGACACCAUAGAAAACGUGAAAUCAAAGAUUCAAGAUAAAGAAGGCAUUCCUCCAGACCAACAGAGGUUGAUCUUUGCUGGCAAGCAGCUGGAAGAUGGGCGCACCCUUUGUGACUACAAUAUCCAGAAGGAAUCCACCUUGCAUCUUGUACUUCGUCUGAGGGGUGGUUUUUGAUCAAAACAUGAACAGAUGCAGAACUUGACUUCAGAGAGGUCAUCUGCUACCAUUGGCACACAAUUAAACCAGUGCAGUUAAUAGUUGAUUCGCUGCAUUGGGGCAAUUUUGCAGAUAUGUUGUUAACUGACCCCUCAUGGGAACCUGUUUUGGCUUGAACAGUAUCAGGUCACAUGAUAUAAUCAUACCUUAUGACAUUUUAUAUAAAUACCAAUAUACCAUCAUCUAUGUUAUGUAUCUGUAUGAUGUUUCUGAAAAUGCCACUAAGCUGUGGGAAAUAAAUUUCAUACCAACCUCCA